UUCACGUGUCACUUGGUCACUUUCCUCGACUUUCGGAAAUGGCGGCUAGUUUGGGAUACAAUGAUUCGGAUGUUGUAAUUGUUGCAGCCGGAAGAACGCCAAUAGGAAACUUAAAUGGUUGUAUUAGCUCUCUUAAAGCGCAUGAACUUGGCGCCUUGGUCAUUCGAGAAGUUUUGGCGCACGUUAAGAUCUCCCCAGCCGACGUGGCUGAGGUGAUUAUGGGACAGGUUUGCACUGCUGGGCAAGGCCAAGGUCCAGCACGACAAGCAGCAAUGAAUGCUGGUAUCCCAUCAUCUGUUCCAGCAUAUGGUGUGAACAUGUUGUGUGGAUCUGGUUUAAAGGCUGUUGCUUUGGGAUACCAAGCUGUUAUAACUGACAAGUCAGCUGUUGUUGUUGCUGGGGGUCAGGAAAGUAUGAGCCAGGCCCCUCAUUGUUGUAACAUAAGGUCACCAAUGAAGAUGGGUGACACUAAACUUGUGGAUACUAUGAUGCUUGAUGGACUUAUUGAUGCUUUUCAUGGCUACCACAUGGGAGUAACAGCUGAAAAUGUUGCAAAACAGUGGCAAGUUACAAGAAAUGAACAAGAUCAGUUUGCAGUUGUUUCUCAAAACCGAGCUGAGAGUGCUCAAAAUGAAGGGCAUUUUAAAGAAGAGAUUAUUAACGUUACUGUGAAAACAAGAAAAGGGACAGUCGAUGUUACAGAGGAUGAGUUUCCACGUCAUGGCACUUCUAUGGAAGGUCUUUCUCGUCUCAAACCAUGUUUUCUUCAAGACGGGACUGGUUCAGUUACAGCUGGAAAUUCCUCUGGCAUCAAUGAUGGUUCUGCUGCAGUUGUGCUAAUGUCAUAUGCCGAGGCUGCUAGGAGAGGUGUGGUCCCUUUAGCUCGUAUAGUUUCAUGGGGUCAGGCUGGUGUUGAACCUGCAGUGAUGGGCACAGGACCAAUUCCAGCAACAAGAAAAGCUGUUCAAAAGGCAGGAUGGAAACUUGAAGAUGUUGACUUGUUUGAGCUGAAUGAAGCAUUUGCAGCACAGUCUUGUGCUGUUGUGAAAGAUUUAGGGCUCAAUUCAAAAAAGGUAAAUAUCAGCGGAGGUGCUAUAGCUCUUGGCCAUCCAAUAGGUGCAUCAGGAUGUAGAAUUCUUGUGACAUUGUUACAUGGCUUAAAAAGAACAGGAGCAAGAAGAGGCGUGGCUGCCUUGUGUAUUGGUGGCGGGAUGGGAAUUGCUAUGUGCGUGGAAAGGUUAUGACAGUCUCAAUGAAAGGAAUGAAUGAUUGUUUGGAAAGAAUAAUUUGUACAAAGUUGCAU